AUGGAGUCCAAAACAGCUUCAAGAGUGCAACUUCUUGCGACUCUCUUCUUCUCCAUUUUAUCACUUUUCUUGGUGACCAAUUCCCUUAAGCUUCAGCCUACGGACCACCAAUGUCUGCAGAGCAUGAAUUCCUGGUCACCAGCUCUUGAUUCUGUCAGAUACCACUGGGAGACUUUCCAGAAUGGCUUCGCCAGGAAGACAAAUUACAAAGGUCCACCUUUAGUUGAAACAGAAGCUGCGUGGGAUAAUCUACGCCAAGAAACCCCGCUGGAGAUCCCAGCUUCCAAACUUCCAGAACUUCAACAACCCAUAGAAAGAGAUUGGGCCCUUACCUCUCCCUCACACUCAAACGGAGUCCAAGGACACCUCUCAGUAUUCCGGCAGAUCGACUGUCUUUCCCUCCUUCGCAGACACACGUACAGAAGCGAGCACGGCUACGCUUCCCUUCCCGAAUUUCAGGGAUCGGAAAUGCAGAUUAUGAGGAGAGUCGAUAAGUGUGUGCAGCAUUUGAGGCACACCUUGAUGUGUGCGGCGGAUGCAACUCCGUAUCUGAUUAAGUUGAAUCCAAAGCGGCCGUCUGGAGAGGGACCCGAUUUUGAUACUUUGCAUUACUGUAGGAAUUUUGAGGAGUUGAGGGAGUGGGCGGGGGUGAAUUCUGUGAGGGUUUGA